AUGGAAAACAACGCCCCCCUCCUCUUCCCACUCCUGAGCCUGAUGCUGGCCGUCAUCUUCAUCCUCAUUCUCAAUCGCAACCCAAUCGCCUCCCCCACGUACGAACUUGUUGACGAUUCCGACGACCCCUCGACCGCCGAGUCGGGUUACGUCGCGGAUCUGUCCGAUAACUCUGACUCGGAUGACUCUGAUGAGACCGAGUUCGCUUCUCUCCUUCGUCGAGCCCGAAGAGAAUGCUUUACUAGCCGAAAUGACAUGACGGUGUGA